AAUAUAUACAACACAGUUUUUUUGAUACGUAUAAUAAUGAUCAAAUCAUUGAUUGACCCCAUCAUUUUCUGUUUACCAUUCUGCAGGUUAUGGUCAUGUUGCACCGCUGACGAUUAUAGGCAAACUAUUCUGUAUGUUCUACGCCCUACUUGGUAUUCCUCUCAUGCUUCUAGUCCUGACCAAUGUUGGCCGAGUGAUGGCGACUUCAGCCCGGCUUCUCUACAGAAUGUACACCAGUCGUCUCUGUAAGAGAGUUCGUUGUGGAAAGCGUAGCAAAACCAAAAAGAAAAAGAAGAGGAAAAAACAAGCCAAGAAAACUUUACAGCGAAAAGGUAUUUCUACACUGAGAAGCACCAAAUCAGCAAAGGGCGCCCCAAGCAAGAAGAAUGUCCGAAAGGGAUCCAAAAAAGGUCCAAAGAAGAGUUCUCAGCCGCCUCGUCAAACCAUCGUUAACAUGGACAAUCAGACCAAACUGACCAGCCAACGUCCUCUGUCCCUCAACAUGGAUAUAGUAUCCUCAAGUGAUCCUAGAUUACCACCCCCAUACGCAGAAUCGAAUGAGAUGGCUGAGAGACUAGCUGGAGGUAACGAUGAAGAGGAGGAUGUCUUUUCUGAUACACAGGGCUCUCGACGUAGUCUUGGCAGUUCACCACGUCAACAAUCCUUGAUCAAUCUUCCACGUCCUAUCAGUGAAGAGUUGGAACAAGGAUCGGUCGACGAUGUCCAGAGCGACGUCACGUCACUGUGCACUGCAUCAGAGAUGGAUAGGAGAUCGCCAUCGCUAGCAAAGAGCGAUAGUUACGGUUCCGCCAGCUCGCAGCCAUUCCCGACAACCAGUCGUGCAGAGUCAAGCGUAGAGCUGCAGGGUAGCGGGAAACAAAAUCGUUCGUCUUUCCCUCGACAACAGUCGUGUAUUGAAUUCCGUCAGUUCGAUAAAGGAAGCGAGGGGGAGGAGAGGAAAGAUGGAGAUGGGAGUGAAGGAGAUGCGAGCCGAACAUCUUCAGAACAGAAGAGUAUAUCAAGGCAAAGCUCAUCGGCGUCAAGGUAUAGUCCGUCAGCGUCACAAACCUACCCGCGAGCAGAGAAACGUAGGAAACGACGAGGGGACUAUGCUUAUAGUGAAGGCAGUGCCUCUAUUGAAAGGUCGACACUAGGAGUCAAUCAUAGACAUGGUAACACUUUUCCAAAGAGACGAAGAGCACGCAAAAAGACUCUAAUGAAACCACCCAGUCUUUAUUCAUUACAUCAUCAUAGGAAACUGAAGCUUAUAGACGCUACUCUUGCAAUACGUUUAGCUACUUAUGAUAAGAUCCUUGGUAGUAGUCGAGAGGACUUGGCCUUUGCUCUACCAGAGCUAUCAUGUGGGGAGAAUACCAAGCUCCUUAACGACAUCGCGAAUAAAGGUUUCGAUCCUCGGCCACCGCCUGCUCAACCAGAAUCUGAGCCGAUACGUGAAGGUGGUCGAAAGGGAAAGGGUAAACGGAAAAAGAAAGGUCGUCGAAGUGAUCCAAUCGAUGAGGAAUUAGGAACAAUCUAUGAAGGUAGUGAGUCUGACACAAGCGAAGGACGGGAUGCUAGGAAUCUUGAGAUAUCUGAUAUUCCUAUGUGGCCUGUUUUACUCCUUCUAUUCAGUUACAUAACCUCCGGUGCCAUUUUAUUCUCUAUGUUAGAAACCAACUGGGAUUUCUUCGACGCAUUCUAUUUCUGUUUCAUCACAUUAACUACAAUUGGCUUCGGUGAUUUAGUACCAGAUACUAAACUGUCUAGCUUAAUCGCGUGCUGUGUGUAUACAAUGAUUGGUAUGGCAGUGACAUCCAUGUGUAUUGCCCUCAUCAUGAAGAAGUUCAUUGUCAUUGUAAAAGGUUUUGGACGUAGAAUCGGCAUAAUUAAAGAUUGAUCAAAACAUUACGCUAUCUAUUAUUCUGAUGUACGGGAAGCGUAUGCGCGGGAACGGGAAGUGGGCACUGAUAGUUUAUUCACAGGUGAAUAUCAAUGGAUUUUGUUGUUAUAGAGUCCGUUUUAUAUUGCUUUUUUACUAAGCCACUCGAGAAUGUUUAUAGCCUUGAAUUAAAUCUUGAGUUCUGGUAAUGACGAAAACUAAAGUUUCAGAAGAACAAACUAAAUCCCUUUUUGUACGAAAUAAUGCUCACAUGGUGCAUCAAAGCUAGACGACACCUUGGCAGCCCCUGAUGCAGUCCCGGAUGCAGUCCAUAGGCAAAUAGAGACUUUUAGAUUUACA